UGUGUAAAACCCAAAACCCCGCGACGUUUGCCCCUUGCCGCCGGCGCUUCCCGCCGCUCCUCUGAUUCUUAACCCGUGUCAAACCCCACUCUCUCUCUCUCUCUCUCUCCGUCACUGUCAUCUUCGACUCAGGCUUGGACCUUGGUGCUCAAUGGCAGCCUACGGCAACUUCGGUAACAUGUACGACAUCUCCCUGAAGCCGCGGCUGCUUGCGACGCUCCUGAGGGAGCAUGUCCCGGACGAUUCGCGUCCCUUCUCGGACCCCUCGGAGCUCGCUAGCGUGGCCGCUACGCUCAGAGUCCAUAAGUUGUUGUCCGAGUCGGUCGAGGAUUCCACGGACAAGAAGUUGGUCGAGAGCUGGAAGAAGGCGGUGGAUGCUUGGGUCGACCGGCUGCUGCUCCUGGUGUCUAGCGACGUGCCAGACAAAUGUUGGGCAGGAGUCUGUUUGCUGGGCAUAACUUGCCAAGACUGCAGCUCUCACCGUUUCUUGGCAUCUUAUUCUUCUUGGUAUCAGAAACUUCAUGCGCAUGUUCAGGCACCAGGGGUUUCCAAGUUUGUGAGAGUGGCAUCCAUUGCCUCACUUUCGGACUUGUUUACAAGGUUAGGUCAGUUUCCCAACGUGAAGAAAGAUGGUAUUAGUUUUUCUGGGAAGCUAAUUCAACCAUUUUUGAACCUUUUAGAUGAAGAUGGAUCGGAGGCUCUAUGGGAUGGAGGAACUAGUAUGUUGUGCACCAUUAUAUGUUACUUUCCCUCUGCCAUCCAUCGCCAUUAUGACAGUGUCGAGUCAGCUAUUGCUUCAAAGAUAAUGUCAGGGAAGUGCAGUACUUGCUUGUUAAAGAAGCUUGCUCACUGCUUAUCAAUUCUUCCCCAAUUAAAAGGAGAUGAGGAGACCUGGUCUUUACUGAUGCGGAAGAUCCUUCUUUUAAUCAAUAGUCAUCUGAAUGAUGCCUUUCAAUGCCUAGAGGAAGAAACCAAAAGCACCAAAAUUGUCAACUUAUUGGUUCCACCAGGAAAAGAUCCCCCAACACCCUUAGGAUGUCGGAACUCUUCUGACAAAGCAGCUGUUGAGGCCACAAAAAGACCGAAGAGAUUGCUAACAUCCAGUGUGUCUGCUUUUAUACUUUGUGGUUGUGAGAUGCUUACAAAUCCUUAUCCUGUUCAGGUGAAUAUUCCUGUUAAAGCAGUGUUAGCCCUUAUAGAAAGAGUGCUAACGGUGGAUGGCUCUGUCUCUCAAAGCUUAUUGCCCUUUGUCACGGCCACCCAACAAGAAUCUCUCUGUUCAGAGCUUCCAAUGUUUCAUUCCGAUGCAUUGGAUCUGCUAAUUGGAUUGACAAAAGGAAUGCGCAGUCAAAUGUUGCCUCAUGCUGCAUAUAUUGUCCGACUUAUUAUGAGAUAUUUCAAGAACUGCUCAUUGCCAGAGUUAAGGGUAAAGCUCUACUCAAUCAUAAGAACUUUGCUGAUGUCCAUGGGUGUAGGUAUAGCAAAAUUCCUGACGCAGGAAGUAAUCAACAAUGUUUUCAUUGAUUUGAAUCCUGAUCAUCAAAAUGACGUUGCUUUUCCCAUCACCCUGUCGAGGGCCAAUGAAGUGUCAUACCCAAAUAGGAAAAAAAGGAAGCAUGCUUCUGCAGCUAGAUCUUUAGAGGAUAAGAAUGAAACAGGCUUUGGAGAAGCACCCAAGAAUCAUCUGGUGGUACCUGCCAGUGUCAAGAUAGCUGCACUGGAGGCAUUAGAGGUUCUUCUUACUGUGGGUGGUGCUCUGAGGUCCGACUCUUGGAGGAAAAAUGUGGAUACACUCUUGAUUUCAGUAGCAGCAGAUUCAGUUCAUGAUGGAUGGAACAUUGAGGAAAAUAGCAUCUGCAUGCCCAAUGAACUAAUAUCUAUGAUGGAGAAAUUGCAACUUGCUGCCUUGAGGGCACUAUUGGCAUCACUUCUUUCCCAAUCUCAUGUGCGGCCCGCAAAUAUCGCCAGAGGUCUCGAGCUCUUUCAAAGAGGAAGACAAGAAACAGGGACGAUGGUAGCUGAAUUUUGCGCACACGCUCUUUUAGCUUUGGAAGUACUUAUUCAUCCUCGGGCACUUCCUCUGGAAGAUUACUCACCCGCCACCACUGACUCUUUUGGAGGAUUUUCCCGCAGAUUCGCAGAAAAUGUGCACUCUAGUGGCCAGCCCAUAGUUGCUUUUUCACAAAGGACCGAGCUUGCUCUGCCUGAUUCGUAUGAUGAUGAGCUCCAUAGCAAGUGGCUUCAAAAUCAGGAAAAACCUGACACUCCAUUAGAUGAGCAGGUUAAGAAAGCUAAGUACAGCAAAGAGAGCGGUGACUCAUCCCGAGCGAUUAGCACGGUAAAGGAACAUGACUACUCAUUAGAUAAAAGCACUACCGAGAAAAGUAAGACGUCGCCACCUGAAGUAGAUACAAAUGACAUGGAAAUGGAAGACAGGAAUCCUAAUAUUGUGAAAUCACCAAAGCACGGAGAGUCAACUAGGAAAGUUCAAGAACAUCCACAACAGGAACCUGUGCUGAUUCCUUGUAUAGCGACUGCUUCUAAAUGUGCUGAAAGAGAUACCAAAACAGAUCCAUCGAGCAGUGGUGCUGUAGAUCAUGAAAAUAGAGAAGAUGGAUUAGAGGGAAAUGUUGUUGUAACUCCAGGGGAUGGCAUUUCCGCUUCAGGUGAAAUGGUCAUGCUGGGGACUUUAGAUUCUGGAAAGGGCAAGGAGAUAAUUGUUAAUCCGGAUGACGAAUCAUCUGUGGAUGUUUUUCCCGAUAUUAUUGAUGUAGAACCAGAUUCGGAUGAGGAAUAACUAUGAUUCACAUGAUGGAGGGAUGGAGGCACGUUUUUCAGGGCAUAAAAGGCAGAACAGAAACAUAAGAGUCGAAUCUUUAAUUAAUUUAGUAAUCAAUUUGAGUUUUGUCUCGCCCUUGUAGUUACCAUAUAUCAAUUUCUGUAUCAGCUUUGGAUCCCAUCCUGUUGUGGUAGAAGUGCAUUCCUAACUGUGUCUCAUC